UGACUUCUUUAUUGUUUUCUAAACUAAAUCUUAAUGAGUACCUUUAUAAGCGUGCUCGUGUCCUAGUAGAAGGCAUUAUAUCGCCUUCCAUUGCUGCACGGGGGGCUAAUUCUUAAUACUGAUUUAACUACUUUUAAGGUGACUUUCAUUUCUUAGAAGUGAGUGCUGGAAAAUUAUGUGUGUCUUCAGAGCAAAAAGCGUGAGUGGGAAUGUUUAAUGUCAGCGUGUUCAGAAUAAAUGCAACACUCAGUCUUCAGCCUCACUACCAAAGGGACAGCUGCUUUUCACUGAGAAUAGUUUUGUCACGUAAGGAAGAUAGAUCAUUGUUUUGUUUUGUUUUAAUUUUUGCAGGGGUUGGUAGAAAUUGGUUAAAAUUUGAGAGCUCUGUUCAACUUUUUGGUUUUGUUGUACAGUGAUGGCUGGUAGUAGAAGUCAUUGUACAGAGGGCACAGACAAACAUGGUUUGUGUUGGUUGGUUUUGAUUUUCCAAUUGUCUGAUCUUUAGCAGUGAUUUUAAUAAAUGGUUCAGGAAGAAUUUUCUGGCUCAUUCCAAAGACACUGCUGGUAAGUUUGACAGACUAUUUUUAGGCAGGCUUUACAAAAUGCAUGUUCUAGUAUUUCUGUGGUUUUGUUUUUUUUUCCCUUCUUUGUUGAAACCAUUUAAGGGUUUUGUUGACACGAAAUACACUAAAUGCAGUGAAGUAAUCCAAUUUAGUACUGGGAAAAAUCACUUCAAAAGAUAGAAAGAUAUUUUAGCUUUAGAGAAUAAUGAAACCUAAACUAUAUUUUUGGUGAAACUUCCUGGAUUUUCCAUGGUUUUGUAGGAGAAUUGCAGUCAGGCUCUUGGGGAUUUGUGUUUUAGAAAUGAUAUUGUGGUGUUCACACGUGUUUGUCACGUUGCACCAUUCCUCUGUUCUUUAUUGCUGUGUCUGAGUCCUCUAACAACCAUUUCAAGGACGUAACAGAUGAAGUUAGUGUGACUUCUUUCAGAUGUGGUUCAGACAAACAGCCAGUGUUAAGACUGGGUACUACAAGGAAGAAUGUUCAGAUGAGCGCAGUAGCUGCCUUGUGAGUGUUGAGGCUUUUUUGUUUCCAAAGUAAAUCAGUUGGAAAAUGAGGAAGUAGAUUGAAGUCUGUAGCUUUCCCUCUAUUGCUGCAGCUUGGUGUAUUCCCUACCUGUGCUGUGUGAGCUUGGAGCUGCAGAGCAUGUGUUUUUCCAAGUGUGUUGUGAGGUGAUUGAGGUCUGAUUUAAGACUGUUAUUUAGACAAAAUGUUUUGCAUCCAGGAAAGCAUGAUUGAUUUUCAUAAAAACUCUGUUUCACAGAUAUUGUGUAGAAAAGCAGUUUUAUGGAGCAGUUUCAGAUGCAGUGAAAACAAAUUCAUCUUCUACACUCAGGUUACAUUGCAAGAUGAUGCCCUUCCACAGCUGUGUUAAUUCUGUAUUUCUAUAUAUGCAUUUUCCAUUCUUUUUAGUAAAUUCACAAGUUUAGAACACUUGGAAGUGAAAAUUUGUUGCGCACCUGUAAAGAAUAAAAGUGAGUGUUUUUUGUCAUGAACUUUAUCUCAUGCAGUUAGCACUGAUUAACUGCUGUUUGGGGAACUGCAGCAUUGCUCUUGGUCAUUUUUAAGGACUGGUUUUAAGAUCAGAUUCUUUGAAGCAUGACAACUGUGGUGUGAACAGCUUACAGUGUAUAUAAUAACUUAGAUUUUUCCUUUUGGGUGUAUGCAUCUAUUUUAAUUAGUACUCUUUCUCAUAUGCUAUGAAAAUAUUUUGGGAGGUUAGAUGAAUGCUACGUGUCCUCUAAGACAUAACAAGUACCUCUUAAGUCAGCUUAUGGUACCAUUCAGUGUCAUGUCUGUGAACUCUCAGCUGAGUUUGGCUACACGAAUAAACGUGAGAUGGUCACCGUCUUUGCUUAACCUGUGUAUUCUGCUCUUUCUGUGUUCACCUGUGUAAAAGAAAUCUUACCCAGACAAGUAGCACCGCUUGAAUUCUAGAUUUCAAAUUGCUGACUUGAAAAGCUUUUUUUAUUGAGUUAUAUUUGCAUCCAUGUUUAGUGUUGUGGUAGGGCAUUGCUACAGACUCUCAUGAGGAGGUUGCUGCCUUGGAGGGUUUAUGGUCCAGGGGGAUGAUGAUAUAUGCUAGUGUGAUUGUGAGAAUAAGGGACUUAAGGAUUUGAAGGAUAUAAUUUUCUUCCCUGUUUGUUGGGGUCUGCCUUAAUUUUUCAUUCUCAAACAAAUUUUGCUUGAGGUAAGAUUGAGACCGCGUAUGACUAGAGGAAAGCUUAAAAUUUUAAGUAAUACAGUUGCUCCAGAAUGGGUUUGGGAAAGGAUUCUGUUGCAUAAGUGCAACCUGAGGUUUCCCUCUUGCCGGCAGCAACUCUUGUUGCAGUGGAAUGUCACCCUGAUCCCUUCCCAUUGGCCAGGGGUGUUUGUCCAGAUGUUUGGCUGUUCCAUAAAAGAUAGAGAUCCCUGGGCACGGUGCGCAUUUGGGAAGUGCCACGGCAAAGAAAAAUGACACAGCGUGUUUAUUUGAUUAUCUUAUUUUUGUGUCUUGGAUUAAUGAAUCCAUUUGCAACUGGAAUUUUUAUGGACAAGCUUGCCAGCAAGAAGCUGUGUGCUGAUGACGACUGUCUCUACACCAUUUCCCUUGUCAGAGCAGAAGAGGAUUAUAAUGCUCCAGACUGCAGAUUCAUUAAUAUUAAAAAAGGGCAGUUGAUUUAUGUUUACUCAAAACUAGUGAAAGAAAAAGAAUCUGGAGAAUUCUGGGCUGGAAGUGUUUAUGGAGAAGAGUAUGAAGACCAUAUGGGGACGGUCGGUUAUUUCCCUCGCAGUUUAGUCUCAGAACAACAUGUCUAUCAAGAAGCAAAUAAGACUGUUCCUACAACGGACAUUGAUUUCUUCUGUGAGUAGUGCUGAAGAUGGCUAGGUAAUCUCCAGGGUGCUAUCAAGAAAUGCUGACAAAGAAAUUUGGAACCCUUCACUGAACGCCAGCUCUUUUUUUUUUAAAUACCUAAUUGUAAAAUAAGCUGUCUUUCAAGUGCAAAAGUUGAUGUAAAGGCUGUGAUUUGGAGUGGGGAAAAUAGUCUUAUAUGGGAUUUAUUCUUUAGAAAUUAUUUACCUGCAUCUACCUGUGAAUGCUUCUAUAAGCCUUUGCGUUAUUUUGAGUAGUGCAGAUUAUAUAUAGAAUUAGAUGUGCCAUCUUGAUCUGCAUUUUCCUUCCAUAAUCUUAUCUAACUAUUAAAUAAACAUUGAAAAAGCC